UUCACAGUGAAUAAUUAUAAAAUGGCAGUAAGCAGAAGAUUUUACGUCACUAAUCUCUACUGUAAAAAGCGUAAAAUUUUUCAAUGUUACAGCUUUUCUCCAUUGAUGAAUGCGAUCAAAACAACACCGAAAUGUCUGAGUUGUCAACAACCAAUCAAACCCGGUGAACAGGUUAUUCACAGUCCACUCCACACCUUUCAUAUUAAUUGUUUCUCCUGUGACAUUUGUGGCAAAGAUCUUUUGCCAGGACAACCCUACACUCUCCAUGAGAACUACCCAGUUUGUUUGGAAGAUGAUCUUCGAAUUAGACGAGCCAAUCAAGUGGGAUCUUGUCUUCACUUCCCUUAUUCUCCCACCCAUGCAUUCACGAGACGGAAGCGUGUUCGAACCUCAUUCAAUGAACAACAACAGCAUUCAAUGCAAGCCUUCUUCGCACAGAACCAAAAUCCAAACGCUAAUGACUUAAUGAGCCUUUCUGAAGAGACCGGUCUUGCCAAACGAGUCCUUCAGGUGUGGUUUCAGAAUGCGCGUGCCAAGUUUCGACGCGUUGGAGGAGGCACCGAACGAAGUACAACAAAUUCAUCCAUAGAGGAGUGCGAUCAAUUUCCCCACUCUUGA